AUGGUGUCCAGCGCAGAGACCACAGACUACGAAGCUGACGCCUUCGAGGACGCUCGCGACGCCCAAGAUGACAUUUCCACUCCCCUCAGCGCAACCCGCUCCUUAACAGACAGGCGACUCUCGAACGGAUCUCUUCCAACUCCCAAAGCGAGCACCUUUCUCCCCGGACAAGCCCCAGAUACACCUGAAGAACCGUCUCGUGAUUCACCAGAGCCACAAUCGCGAGAAGGCACGCCGAAGAAGCCGAAACAACCAAAGUCUCCUCUUCUCACCUCUCACCGAUUAUCUACUUCUUCCCUAGACGACAUCAACCUUACAAGCUCCAAGGACGACGAAGUGGAAGUUUCGCCCACUUCCCACACUAGUCCCCCGGCCUCCGGUCCUCCACCUUUACCAGCGAGAGAUUCUACGCACGGUUCACGGCUUCAAGGUCUAUCUGCAUCGCUCCCAUCGGUGCCGUGGGGACCUCCACCCGUUAAUAAAAAUCUUCCUCCCCAGCCUCAACAACCGGCCGCUCCCACCCGAAAACUUACGAGUCCGUUUUCAUGGCUUUCUAGGGGACAAAGUGCGCAGAAAGAGUCUAAAACCGUAUCCGGGAACCGAAGAUAUACUGGUGCGUCAAUCUCAACAACCAUGAGCAAUUCUGAGGUGCAGGGCCGCUUUGAGGGUAGCGAUGGGGACGUGGGUAGUACGGAGUCAAAGAGACAGCUGCGGAAUAGUCUGAAAGACCAGUUCAAGCUUCUGAGAAUGCGCGAGGAAGGCGCUGGUGACGAACAAGCAGACGGUUCAGAAGAAAAGGGCGGGGAAUCCAGUCCUCCGUCCGCUAGCCUUGACGUGGAUAGCACAUCACCGCAGCCUUCUCCCAUACCCAGUUCACCUCUACCGCCAACCGUGAACCCGAAUCUUGCACCUGGGACCGUUGCUGGGUUCUCCGCUUCGGCUACAGAUGCCGCUGCACCAGUAAACUGGGAGCUGUGGCAGCAGGUUGUGAACCAUGGUUUGGAAGCACUAAGCGGUGCCAAUGCCGAAGAGUUGAACUUGGCCAUCAGGCGAGGUAUCCCGCAAACAAUUCGUGGUGUUAUCUGGCAAGUACUUGCCGAUAGUAGGAGCCCUGAUUUAGAGGACGUUUAUCGAGAACUCUGCGCUCGAGGCACCGAUAAAGAGCGCGAUCGAUAUUGGAGUACACCGUCGACUGCCUCUAUAAACGGUCAAGCCAACGGAAGCUUAAAGGAGAAAGAUUCCUCGCCGUCAUCCCGCUCUUCGGUUCAUUCAGAUAAUUCUACCACAGCAACUAACUCAACUAAUUUCCCGGCACCUUCAAUAUCGGAAAAGGGGGCUGAAGCGAUGAUUAAAGCGCAAAACGAACUAGAGGAAAUGCGAAAGAAAAAAGCUAAAGAGGACGCGGCUGCACUUGUUAAGCUGGAGAAGGCUAUCAGGCGGGACCUGGGCUCUCGAACCAGCUAUUCGAAAUAUUUCAUGUCGCAACGAAAUCAGGAAGCACUCUUUAAUGUUUGUAAGGCUUAUGCCCUGUACGAUGGCGGUGUUGGCUAUGCCCAAGGGAUGAACUUUAUAGUGAUGCCUUUAUUGUUUAAUGUGAGUAUUGGAGGAAAUGGUUCUGUGAUUAUUACGCUAAUCCAGUAUCAGAUGGACGACGGAGAGGCUUUCACACUUCUCGUAAAGUUAAUGAACAAGUACGGGCUCCGGAACAUGUUCAUCCACGACAUGCCUGGUCUCCACCGCCAUCUUUACCAAUUCGAGCGCCUGCUUGAAGAUUUAGAGCCUGCAUUGGCCUGUCACCUACGGCGUCGUGGUGUUGGACCUCAACUCUACGCCACACAAUGGUUUCUCACAUUAUUUGCGUAUCGCUUCCCACUGCAGCUUGUGCUUCGCAUUUAUGACUUGAUAUUCGAACAAGGACUUGAGAGUGCAAUUCUCCGUUUUGCUGUGGCAAUCAUGCGGCGCAAUGUUGAACCUUUACUCGGCAUGAAUGACAUGACCUCGUUAACUAGCUUUCUUAAAGAGAAACUAUUCGAUGUUUACAUUGACAAGCAGCCAUCACCCAGCUCGAUCCUCGAAUCGGGAUUCUUUGGCAGCUCCGGUGCAAGCGAUAAAGAAAUUUAUCGGGCAGAUAUUAUGGUCGAAGACGCAUGCGCCAUCAACCUUACGCCGGCGAUGAUUCAAACAUAUAACUCUGAAUGGGAGGAAAAGACACGGGCAGAAAAGGAACUGGCCUCUGAACUUGAAGGAUAUAAACAUACUAUUGCUACACAAGCGGCGCGUAUUCGGUCGCUAGAAGAGCACGCAGAGAAGUCGGACACCGAACACGUUCAGAUUGCCUCGGAGUUGGUCCGCAUCAAAGUUGAGAAUGAAGAGCUAAAGGAUUCCAACGAAAGCCUUAAAGGAGAGGUCGCGGAACUGAAAAUGGUGGUUGACCGCCAACCAGCGGAGUUGGAGGAGAAGCUGCGAACAGAAAUGGAUCGGAUUAUGAAACGCAAUAUUGAGGUGCAGAACGAGAACCGGGCAAUGGAAGAGCAGAUGUCGGAGAUGGAGAAGGACCUAGUGGAAGCGAAGAUGAAAUGGGCAGAGAUGUCCGAGAACCACGAAGCACUGAAACAAAAAUGGAGCGACUUGCGAAAAGCCCUGGAUGAUUAG